AUGGCUGAAGAAGCGAUAUCAGGAAACAACUGCUUUCCAGCGGGCAACAACACCCAACAGCCGUAUUGCGAAACUACUGAUGAGCAGGACAUCUCCGGUUCAGCACCAGUCACCCAGGGCCUUUCACCACCCUCAUCAUGCCAAAUGCCCCAAUACAACCAACAUGGCGUAACGCCGAACGGGGACUACAACUUCUUCGACCCAACAUUCAUGAACUUUCCCGCAGCUCCUUCAUACCAAACAUCCACGACCCAACCUGCUUCAAGCCUUCCACAUCAAAGCCAAGUCAGAAUGAAGUUCAUACAGGAGAGCAUCAUUCGAGGCGCUGCAGAGGAGAUCUACGCCAUGCCGUCCCAGGCACAAAUCAGGGAAAAGCUAUUAUCUGAUCGGGGGUUCUCCCAAGUUCUCUCCCAGGUACUUGCAUUUUACAUGGCCGACAUCAGUGGUCAAGUCGGGGUAGGAGACCAGGGCGAUCAGACAUAA